GAGCGACUGGCCGGUCAGUCGACGGCCGCGGCGCGCGCAGAACGCGCGUGCGAAAAUUCCCGCCAUCCAGUGUUCGAAUUUUGAAACUUUUAUAUUUAUUCUGUGCUGUGUUCUGUGAUCUUCAAUCCAACAAAGGAAUAUUCGACAAUAUCGAUGUUUGUGGGAAUGUAAUCGAAGAUAUUUCUACGUGUUUUCUGAACUAAUAUUUACCAUCGGAUAACUAAAGCCGCAAAAAUGUCCAACGGUAACGCAGGAGACACCACGAACCACGUGGAAAACGGCAUCAAUGAUGAAAUUCGCGGCACCACCUACUUCUUUUCCAGACCAAGAUCCAGCGCGACGUUGAAACAGAGGAUACAGCUGUUCUUGUCUAUCUAUUGGAAGUCUCUGUUGAUCGUGCUGACACCUAUUCUUCUGUUGCCGAUACCCAUUAGGAAUAAUGAGCCGGCCUUCAAAUGCAUGUACGUCGUCCUCAUAAUGGCAACCUACUGGGUCUUGGAACUCCUCCCCCUCCCAGUUACAUCCAUGCUGCCCAUAGUCCUGUUCCCAACCAUGGGUAUCCUGGACUCCGACAAGACCUGUGCAGCGUACAUGAAGGAGACAAACAUGAUGUUCAUGGGUGGUCUGAUGAUCGCCGCCGGCGUACAGCAUUCGAAGUUACCCAGGAGAGUUGCGUUGUGGACUGUGCAAGUUGUUGGAUGUUCCCAUAGAAGACUAAACUUCGGUCUAACGUUCGUGACCAUGUUCAUCUCGAUGUGGGUGUCGAACGCGGCCGCCACCACCAUGAUGGUGCCCAUCGUGGAGGCCAUCCUUGAGGUCCUGGAGUCCCAGGGUCUGGGGGAUGUGUACGUUAAUAGGAAGAGACCGGAGAACGGAAAGGAGGUUAAGGCGAAGGAUGAGAAGACUGAUGAAGAAGCCCCGAUCCCGAGUGACAUCACAAUCUGCUAUUACCUGAGCAUAGCUUACGCUUCGACCCUGGGAGGCUGCGGUACUCUGGUCGGCACAGCUACCAACUCUGCCUUCAAAGGGAUAUUCGAUAGUGAGUUCCCUGAGAUCCACCAUGCAGUGAACUUCUUCUACUUCAUGGCGUACAGCACGCCGCCCAUGAUACUGAUGCAGUUCUUAGUCUGGGUCUCCCUGCAGGUCACCUUCAUGGGCAUGUUCAGGCCAAACAGCGAAGCCGCCAAGAAGGUGCAGCUGGCCUCGGGCUCCAAAACCACCAUGAAGGUCAUCAACGAGAAAUACAAGAGCCUCGGACCCGCCACCUUCCACGAAAAGGUCUCAGGCGGUCUGUUCAUCCUGGCAGUGUUUAUGUACAUCUUCAGGAAGCCCGGCUUCAUGCCUGGGUGGGCCGACCUGCUUACCACCAUGAAAGUGAAAGACGGUGUGACGUCCAUGUUCAUCGUGGUCCUCAUGUUCAUCCUGCCCAUGUCUAUGGACUUCCUCAAGUUCUUCUCCUCCUCCGCGUCAUACGAGGAGCUGGCCAAGUCCAAGCCGUCCCCCGGCGUGGUGACGUGGAACAUCCUUAAGGAGAAGAUCCCAUGGGGUCUCCUGUUCUUGCUGGGUGGCGGUUUCGCCCUCGCGGAAGGCAGCAAGGCGACCGGGCUGUCGGCCAUGAUCGGAAGCUCGCUGAGCGGGCUGCAGGGCCUGCCGCCGUACGUGGUGCUGCUGGUCGUGGUGCUGGUCACGCAGUUCAUCACGGAGUUCACCAGCAACGUCGCCAUCGCCAACCUCAUCCUACCGGUGCUGGCCAAUAUGGCACGCACAUUGAAGAUGGACCCUCGCUACCUCAUGAUCCCAGCCACUCUAGCUUGCUCCAUGGCCUUCCACAUGCCCGUCGGGACCCCACCCAACGCCAUCGUCGCCGGUGUCGCGCACAUACCCACUUCUAAGAUGGCGAUUGGCGGCAUCGGCCCCAAAAUCAUCACGACCCUCGUCGUAUGGGGCUCCUACCCGCUCUACGGCGACACCCUCAUCUUCAAGCGCGAGGACAUCGAAGCCCUCCACCUCUUCGACGACACCCCCCAACCCCUCGCCACCACCAAGACCCCCGGCCUACAGCUCUCCUGUAAUAAUACUACCACUAAUGAUAUCUUGAACGGCACGAACAGGUUUGGAUGUAGCUUGGCGCAUACUAAUACUGCGUUGAAGGGUCUGAUCAAUUGUGAGUAUGUAGCUAAGAGAUAAUUUGUGACGUUUUCAACCUAAAUGUACCACAUUGUUGGUUGUCGAUAAGGUUGAUUUCAAAUUAUAAAUAACAAAAUGGCGACUUAUUGGCGCCGCAAUGGCGACUUAUUGGAGCUACCAUGGCGACUUAUUGGAGCCACCAUGGCGACUUAUUGGAGCCACCAUGGCGACUUAUUGAAAGCAAAAUAGCGCCUUAUUGACAACCGACAAUAUGUACCAUUGUGGUUGAGAAUGGCGCAUUUAGGGUUUCAAAAGGAUUUGCUGAAGUAGUCUAGCUUGUAUGAAUCGGAAACUUAAACUUCAACAGGGGGGCGGAACUGAUCCUUUUGGGCAUUCUCGGCUCCGUUCGGCUCAGCAUCGCUCCGAGCAAAGAGAAUUUAGACUAGAGGAAUAUGUCAAAGUAAAUUAUGUAGUCAGUAAAUUUACUGCCAUCUUUCGACACAAAUGAUACCUUUUGUCUCUCGAGUAGAUGGCGAUUCUUUUUGACAUUUAACAAAUUUAACACAUAUCAGUGAAAAAUAAGGAUCAAAGUCAAAUGGCGUUCUAAAGCUGUUAAUCAUUUGUGUCGAAAGAUGGCAGUAAAUGUACUAUGUAAUUUACUUUGACAAUAUUCCUCUAUUUCAAAUUCUCUUUAUCGGGACGUAGGAGGCUAUACAGUUCAAGCACUCUCUUGGGCGUUUUACGAGCCAUCUUGUGGCCUAAAUCGGAAGCAUAAACUUGACAUUGAUACUUUGUAUCAAUGGGCUCCUGUGCUGCCCCCAUAGACUAGGAAUCCUCUAGACGGAGUUUAGAGCAAUUAUUUCAUGAAGCCGAUGCUGCCAAAAAUACGGGGGUGCGGGGGACGAGGUGAGCGAGGUCCCGUGCCGUGAUUGGUCCGUUCAAAGACACGGACGUCACACAAAGACACUUUCGACUCGAAAAUGGAGUAAAACUACCGUAUGCGUGGCAGAGGGGGUAGAGCUACUAUGCUCAGUCUGGAGGAUGUCUUGUCUGUGGCUGCCCCUAAAGGUCUCAAAUAUAUGUGUAAAUGGACUAUGUCAGCGUUAUAAUAAGAUUAAAAAUCCAUUGUUACUCAAUUAACUAACAUUUUUUUCGAUGCACGACGCGAAUGUAGGCAUAUUUGAAUUUUUCUCAAAAAAUGGAUCAAAAUAAUAUUGAUAAUUUAAAGUCACUUUUAAUUAGGUAUUACCGAGAUUUAUUUCUAAGGAUGGUAUUCCAACUGUCCAAUUUCUAGGUCCAAUGUGCAUUACGUCUCACUUUGUCACUAAGCAAAAUGUGAGACGCAAAUACACAUUGGACUAGGAAAUUGGACAGAUGGAAUACCACCAAAGACCUUUUAAGCGAAUCAGUUUGAAACAAACUGUAGUUUCUGUACGAAAAACCGCCACGAUUAGUAUGUAAAAUAUUAGAAAUCCUACUUGCAACCUGACCAUUACGUUUAGAAUCUAAAGAUGUUAUAUGAAUAAAUAGAAAAACUGUAAAUCCAUUUAAAAAAUCCGAAAUAUCCUAAGAAACAAACCCAUUAGAUAUUUUUGACAUAAUUUUUUUAAUGCAUUGAACAAGCAUUUUGUACAAGGAAAGAAGGACUAAUUUUUUAUUCAAAUCAUUUGAAUGGGAUAUAUUUUUGUAUUUAUGUACUAAGGUAAACUUAUCCUUAUUAAGGGUAUCUUCCAGUUAAUAUUUGAGGAAAUGUUUUUAAUCAGGGAAAACACCCUAAGCAACAUAAGUGAAAUACUAUACCAUAUGAUUGAUUGAUAUUUGGACAUAGUUAACAAAAAGGGGGCACCAUAAAACUUGUCCUCAUGUUUUUGACAGAAAGUUAAACUUGUAUUAACCCCUUGACCGCCAAUGGGCAAAGAUUUCAUUAGCGUGUGUGGCUACAACCCAAUAGGUUUACAAUGACGCGACGCGCACGUUGUGGCGUUCAAUGGGUUAACAGAUUUCGUGGGUUGGAUCCUUUUUCCUAAUUAUGUCCAUGUUGUCUUAAUAUUAAAACAGCAUUUACAUCUCAUGCCCACCGACACAGCGGUCAAAUUAAAAUAAGUUACUGCCAGAAACGCGUAUGUGCGUUCUCAUUUUCAGUUCUAAAGUUUGCAUCAGAGCAUAACUCCCUCUGAUUCUCUCUUAUAGCAUUUUAUACAUGUAUAAUAUUCUAUAAUUACUUUAUUCUAUAUUAUACAUACAGGUUGUUAUUGUUCGUUUAUCAUCACUUUCCGAGAUGAUUAUAUAGCUGGAUAACUUUUACUAUGGGACCAUAUCCAAAGUGGAAAACCAUAUGGCCUGUUUUAUACAUUUCUGCCAAUGUUUUCUGUCCUUAUAGUAAAAUUUGUUUAUAUACUUUAUAUGUAUAGCCUAAAUAUUAAUUUCGCUGUCUAAAUCACCCAGUAUAUCAUUUUUUAUAUGCCUUUAUGACCCGCUGUGAUGGAUUUAACCCUUUUCCAGGCCGCACCAAUCUCAAGGUUUUCCCGAAAAAUCCAAAUAUAUUCCAAUUAAUCCAGCUUUGAUGAUUCAUUGGAAGACAAGUCAAAUUUCCCGAAAGUGCAAUCUAAUUUGAAUCUUAAAUCGGAAUGCUAAAGUUGAAAUACAAGUGGCGCGUAUGUGGUCGAUAAAUCGUACUAUGCCUGGAAAACGGUUAAUAUACAAUUCUAUUUCCGAAUGCUUUUUCUAUUAGAUUUGAAGAAAAAAAUGAAUCAAUGGUUGAACUAUUCGCAAAUAAGUAGUUGAUAUUGAGGAGUACGUAGGUUUUAUUUUAUACCAAAAACUUAUUUAUUGUAGAAGAGUUAAGUCUAAAAAAAUCUUCGAAAUUGACUGCUGACAUAGAUGUCGCUUUACGGAUCCGUACGGGGUACCUCUGGUUGUCAAAAGAGUUAGCCAAGUUACCAUAAAAUAUGGCGCCGUAAAGCGCCAUCUACUUACGCUGUUUAUCUUAGACUUACUGUUCUACAAUGAAUAAGUCUUUGUUUUAUAUAUAUUUAAACGAAUUAUGAUUGAAUGAGUUUGGUGGUAGGGUGGUUUACUAUUCUAUCCUCCUAAGGCCCAAGGUACGGGUUACCUAUAGUACUUAUUCAGUUCAAUGAAAUUUAAAUCAUAUUCGAUUGGAACAGAGUUGCUUUUGCUUUGUUUCGUUCAGUUUUUGAACAACGCAAAAUCAACUCUAUUUCCUAUCAUGUAGGUUCAAAUUUCUGUGGCAAAUUUUACAUUUUACAUUUGUAUGGCUGGGCCCUAGGAGGCUAUACUCAUUUUAAUGACGCUUUAUUUGGUGCCACAAUAAAUCUAUGCUCAAAUAAUUUAAUUGAUGUGAAACUUCAAUUGAUAAAAAAAAACUGUAUGUGUAAAUUAUUCUGUCUAUAUUUUACUCUGAACUCUGUAACGACGAAGUGUGAAUGUACCAUAAUAAACGCCAUAUUUUCAUAGAACUUACGUUUAUGGUGACAUUGUCACACUUUUUCGUAGCAAAGUCUGUGCAGAGUCGGAGAUUAGGAGCUUUUUCUGAGCAUAUUGUGUCAUUGAAUAAUUUUACGGUUUAGACUCACUUGUUUUAAGUCACUCGUGCGACAUGUUUCGGAGAGCGUAGGUCUCCUUUCUCAAGCACUAACAGUGCGAGCAGCGUUCACGACGGCCAGGUAUCGUGUACCGUAAAAUUAUUCAAUGUUAGUAUGUUUCACAACAGUUUAAAUCCCAUAUUGUCUCAAUUUGUCAUAGAAAAAGAAACUUACACUUAUAGUACAAUUUCUAAAAAAUCUUUAAAAAGUGUUAAAUCCGAUAUAGGUAUAUUUCUUGACAAACCCUUGUAUACUUAUACAAUCAAGAUAAUAUAUAUUUUAGAAAAUACAUUGUGACAAAAAAUUUAAAUUUAUUUUUAGAAACUAUCAGCCCGAAUAAUAGGUAGUCAUUAAAUGAAUAUGUUAUGUUAUAUGGUAGCAUAAUUGUGAUACCUGAAGCUGUUUAUAAUAAUUUUAUAUAUUGAGUGCCUUAAGCAAAUCUCUAUUUUUUAACCAAAACAGAAUUGAGUUGACUAUAGGUAUAUUGACUUGUAUAUUUUCAUUUGUAAUAAAUAAUAUCGUAACGUUUGCCAGUGAACUCAAUUAUUACAAAUGUCCGAAGCUGCCAGAGAAAAAAAGUUGCAUUUCAGAAUGAAAUUGUUACAAACAUAAUGUAAGCAUAUAAAUAUAUAUUAUAUACAUUUAAAUUGUUUUGUACAAGUGCAAUAAAUUUCAGGCGCUGUUGCGAGUUGCCAUAAUAAUAAGUUUCAAGACUAACAUAUUUAGGACAGUAUUUUACAUGGCAGUGCAUCUCGCUCUUACUAAUAAAGGUGAAAGAAGGGUGUCAUCUAUUGGGCGUUAGCGUAUCGUUCACUAGGACCAAAGAGAAUAGAGUGUAUAGAGAGAGUUACUGUCAUGGUAAAUUAUGUAGCCACAGUACAUUUACUAGUUAGAACGCCAUUUGACUUUGAUCCUUAUUCUUUCACUGAUAUGAGUGAUAUGUGUUAAUUUGUUAAAUAUUUAAAUUAACGCCAUCUACUCGAGCGUAGGCUGAAUGGUGCCAUGCAUCGGUCGAAAAGAUUGCACCAUACCUUUGGCCUAGUGUCGAGUAGAUGGCGUUAAUUUAAAUAUUUAACGUAUCAGUGGAAUAAGGAUCAAAGUCAAAUGGCGUUCUAACAGUUUUAAUCUUCUGUCGAAAGAUGGCAGUAAAAUUACUGUGGCUACAUAAUUUACUUUGACAAUCCGCCUCUAUUUCAAAUUCUCUUUGCUAGGACUUUUACCUUAUGUAUAAAAACAGUGUUUAACCUUUUGAACGCCAAACGGCGCAUCCAUUUGCCGUGCUACUGACGCCACGGGGGUAAAAUUUAGUUUUGUGAAUAAAUAAUGCCAACCUAAAAGUGGGGUGUUUUUCAGUAGAUUUUCAUCAAAAAACGAUCAACGUCAAAUGCCGUCUUUGGCGUCGUCGUCACGAUUUUGCGUUGACGUCAAUUGCCGUCAGUGGCGUUCAAAAGGUUAAGAGCGGAUAAAAUGCUGAAUCUGGCCGUAUAUUUAUUUCAUGUCGAUGACAAAUAAAUGCAUUUUCAUUUGACAGUGAAUUUAUUUUUUAAUUAUUUUAAUUGAGCGCCUGACGUGUGAAUGUGUAGAUGUUUUUGGAGGCGAGAAGUCUCAUAACUACUGUAGAUAUAUUAUAUUGAGACGAUAAAUAAAUAUGUCUAGUUUUUGUACAAAUAUAUUUUUAUUGUGACAGUAAAAAUCAACUAGCUUUGAACGGAGUAAUUACUAGUAUGUGAAGAAAAGUAUAUAAUGUGUAUAAUGUGUAUAAUGUAUAUAAAUGCCUAUAUUGUGAUCAUAUAUUAUUUGUUGUCUCAGAUGUAGAUGUAGUUGAAAUUAUUUGAGGUGCUGACACAUUUGUAAGAGUUAUUUAUUGGAACUCCACUUCAAAUUAAUUCAAAUACUUAUUAAAACUCAUUGUGUAAAUAGAAAAACUAAUUUGUAUUGUUGUUAUUUUAAGAAAUAAAUGGUUGAAAUUUU